UGUCCCUCGGACACAGCGGAUCACCGAUCCACGGAAAGAGCUGAAGAUGUCGGCUCGGUCGUUUGAUCAGCUGUGUCCAAUCACAGCUGAUCGCAGAUCAUCAGAGCACUGAUGAUCAGUGUGCCCUGAUGAUCUGUGUAGCCCGAACAGUGCCACCUGUCAGGGUCCAUUAGUGCCAGCUCUCAGUGCUCAUCCAUGCCAGAUAUCAGUGCCACAUCAAUGCCACAUAUCAGUGCCACAUAUCAGUGCCACAUAUCAGUGCCCAUCAGUGCCUCAUCAAUGCCACAUAUCAGUGCCCAUCAGUGCCACAUCAAUGCCACAUAUCAGUGCCUACCACUGCACAUCAGUGCCACAUAUCAGUGCCUACCACUGCACAUCAGU